CCCAGGAUUUCAAGUGAUACCGUAUCGAAGCAAACCGGUUGCCGAGACAUCCACCGUUCACGCGCGUCAUCCGAAAUGUCACCCCACGCGGCAAAUGCCUGUUUCGAAGAGUCUUGCUAUCCUACCGGGCACCAUAACAAACCGCGACCCGUCUUUCCCAAGCCGCUAAUAACGGUUCAGGGCAUCUCGCAUGCCCUCAAUCCGGGUGACUUCUCAAGUCUGCACCAGCGCACGUACGACCUGCGGCCGGAAUGGUUCGAGGGCUUUCAGCUGAACGCCUUCAAAACACUGGCCGUACAUCGGAGCAUCCGCGCCAGCUGGAAUCUGAGUCACAUCACACCCACCGGCUUCCGUAUCGGAGCGCAACUGCAUCGGAAAUGCAGCGAUAGUGUUCUGAAAACACCUAUCCUGGCGUUCGACGUAAAUCCGGGCACACUUGCUUCGAACAUUUUCCUUCUGUACCGGCCGGUGGCGUCACUGUGCGCGGAAAUGAGCAUCCAGCUGAAACCGCAAACCCAUUCGAACCCGCUGAUUGAUAGGCUUUCGCUGCAGCACACCGGAACGCGAACCACCACCACCCUGCGUUGCUACAAUCCCACCCAUCAGUCCUGCCGGGUGACGCUGGAUCACCUGAUUAGCUACAACGACCGGCUGGCGUUCGGGGCGGAGCUGCUGUACGAGUGGUACCGGGACACCACUAAUGCUCAGAUGGCAAUCGCCGCAAGGUACAGCCGCGAAAAAUACUCAUUUGCUAUUACCGGAUCCAGGGAGGCAUUCGAUCUAAGCUACUGGCGGAAGGUCAAUCGUGACCUGCAAAUCGGAUCCUCGCUGGCGUGCAGUCAUCGGGAAGGCAAAGCCAUAGGUACCGUAUACUAUCGAAUCGAGCGACCAGAUUGUACCAUUAGAGGGCUGUUCGAUUCCGAUUGGUCCGUUGGUUUUACCUAUCAGAGGAAGCUAUCGGAGAUGCCAGUCGGAAUCGGUAUCAGUCUAUUAUUUUGCAUUCCGAAAAACACGUUCCAGUGUGGAUUCAAAAUUGAUUUGGACUCUAAUUUGGUUUAAUCGGAUUCGCCGCUUUUAGGUGGCGGCAACAGCUGCUAGCUGUUCCAGGGAAUCCUGCGGCGGAUCAUCCUGCUCAGGUACGCUUAGUGGGUAGAAAAUAGUGGAAGCCGGGAUGUAGCGUUAUUAGUGAUGGAUUGCUGGGGAAAUGAAAAUUAUAGUUGAACCUUAAAGAAUUUA